AUGGCUGCUGGCUUCGUCUCUGCUACACGAAUGAAGAGGGCCAUAAUGCUCUAUGAGUGGGUUACUUAUGAUGGGGUUGUCCUUGAUGAUGAAAGUAUUUUCAAUGGCCUGGAUUUGGCAGCUGCCUUGGAAAUAUUUCCUGAGCGUGUCGCAAAUGAGCGGGUCGAUUUUGAGAUCAGAGAGGAGAGCCUCAGGGACGCGAUAGAGAAUGCCGAAGAAGGCGACUGGGAUGAAAACCCUCUUGAGCCAUACGCUCUGUAUCAGGCAGAGUGUGUUGUUACCCAUAUGUAUGUGGAGGAUGAUGUUGCGGUGAAUGGCGGGGGUUUGUUGCAUGUGUUUUUGGACGACCGUGGGAAUGUGGUCAGGCAAUGGCGGGUGCAAGAUGAUGGAUCGGAGAGUAAUUAUGAUGGCGCUUGGUUUGAGCGUGUUUGGAAAGGGGACUUUGAAGGCGAGCGUGGAGAAGUCGGUCCUGCUUAUCAGGAGGGUGGAAGCCGAGGUCCCCCAUACACUCUUUGA